UGUGGAUUCUGAAACAAAGGAACCAAUUUUUUUGUUUUUAUUUUCUUAAAAAGAUAAUACUAGUACGUGAAGUGGCUGGUCCCGGCAGUUGAUGAUAAAAGCAGAGAGUGAGAAAUGGUGUGAGCUUGUGAAAUGUUGAUAAUGGAAUCGAAGAAGGUGCAUGCGCUGAUUGGCGUGAUUGUUAGCAUUUGUGUUAUUGAGAGUGAGGCCAACAUUCUCGAUGUUUCUUUUCUGAAUCGGAGCACUUUCCCCAAUGCCUUCAUCUUCGGGACUGCUUCCUCCGCAUACCAGUAUGAAGGUGCAGCUAGGGAAGGUGGUAGAGGACCCUCUAUAUGGGAUACUUUCACCCAUAAAUACCCAGGAAAAAUUAAAGAUGGAAGUAAUGGAGAUGUGGCUGAUGAUUCCUAUCAUCAGUAUAAGGAAGAUAUUGAACUCAUGAAGUAUAUGAAUUUGGAUGCUUAUAGAUUCUCCAUUUCUUGGUCAAGAAUACUCCCAAAAGGAAAGCUUAGUGGAGGUGUAAACCACAAAGGAAUUGAAUACUACAACAACCUCAUCAACGAGCUAUUGGCUAAUGGUCUGCAACCAUUUGUGACUAUCUUUCAUUGGGACGUUCCUCAGGCCUUGGAAGACGAGUAUGGUGGUUUUCUAAGCCCGCACAUUGCAGAUGAUUUUAAGGACUAUGCUGAAGUUUGUUUCAAGGAAUUUGGUGACAGAGUGAAACACUGGAUCACUUUGAACGAACCCAAGAGUGUGAGCAAGAAUGGCUAUGCGAACGGUAGGUAUGCACCAGGGCGGUGUUCUGAUUGGCUAAAACUGAAUUGCACGGGAGGUGAUUCGGGGACUGAACCAUAUUUGGCUGCACACCACCAACUUCUUGCUCAUGCUGCUGCUGCCAAGCUGUACAAGACUAAGUAUCAGGCAUCUCAAAAGGGUUUAAUAGGGAUUACCUUAGAUUCUGACUGGUUUGUGCCAGUUUCUAAAGCAAAAUCAGAUCGUGAUGCUGCAAGGCGAGCCCUGGACUUUAUGUUCGGAUGGUUUAUGGAGCCACUCACUAAAGGUGAGUAUCCAAAAAGCAUGCAAUCUAUGGUAGGAGAUCGGCUGCCAAAGUUCUCUGAAGAAGAAUCCCAGCAACUUAGGGGAUCGUUCGAUUUUCUGGGCCUAAAUUAUUACUCAUCCUUGUAUGCUGCCUAUGCGCCUCACGUGCGCAGUGCCAAACCAGCUCUACAAACUGAUGCUCUUGUUAAUACUUCAAAUCAACACAAUGGCAAUCCCCUUGGUCCAGUGGCUGCUUCAGACUGGUUAUGCAUUUAUCCAAGAGGAUUUCGUGAACUAUUGCUCUUCAUCAAGAAGCAGUACAGCAACCCUGUGAUUUACAUUACUGAAAAUGGCUAUGAUGAGUUCAAUGAUCCAACGCUAUCACUUGAAGAAGCACUUAUAGAUACUUAUAGGAUUGAUUACUUCUAUCGUCAUCUUUAUUAUCUUCAUACUGCAAUCCGGGAUGGUGUGAAUGUAAAGGGCUAUUUUGCAUGGUCAUUGUUGGAUAACAUGGAAUGGGACUCUGGCUACACUGUGAGAUUUGGACUCAUCUUUGUGGAUUUUAAACAUGGCUUGAAAAGAUACCCAAAACUCUCGGCUCGUUGGUUCAAGAAUUUCCUCAAAAAACAUUAGCUAGACAUAUAUAUGUGACACAAGCAAAGAUCAAUGUAUGUGUCUUCUGUUUACAAUUUUAAUCAACUAUGACAUGAGGUGCACCCUGUCUUGUUUCUUAUCAGACUUUUUUGGAACUGUGUUAUGCUAUGGUGUAUAGUAUUUUUCUAUGAAGAGAGAAAAUUGUCUUUUUUGUAACCAUUUUCUGAGUCUAUUAUUCAUUCCAUGUCAAAACAUUAGCUUACUUGA